UUUUAUUAGAAGAAAAUAAAAAAGCAGACGAAAACUUUUGAAAUAAUUUUGUGUUUUUUUUUUUAAUUUUUUUUUUAAUUUUUUGAUUUUUAAUCGAUUUAUCCGUAUUUAAAAAAAAGACAAUAAAAAAAAUGUGCUUAUUUAUUUUACUUAAAAAAUUUCUUUAAUUUUAAAUACCUUGUAUUUGUUUUAUGGUUAUUUUAUUUGAACUUUGGGGCGAUUUAUUUCAUUUUUCUUCUUCGCCCCCUAUAUAAUUAAAAAUUUAUAAAUUAUAACAGUUCAAUUUAGUUAUAUAUGAGUGUGUAUGCAUGUAAGAAGAAAUAACUGAAACUAGAUUUAUUUAUUUAAAAUUUUUUACAUUGUUUAUUUUUAAUUUUAUUCAUUGUAUCGUCGUUUUGCUGAAAGGUUGUUGUGGUAUUGCAAGGAAUAAAAAGUGCAAAUAUUAAUAAAAUUAUUUUCGAUUUUGAUGAAAGAAAUUCGAAUAGCCCUUGAAAGACAUGGGUGCAUAUUAUAUGAACUUACACACAUACGUAGUGGUUUAAGAUAAUUGGAUUGCAUUCCUUGCUAUUUGUGAUCAAUAAUUUUUUUUUGUUUUUGUAAAUUAGAAGUGACUUAAAUAUUAAAUUUUAAAAAUUAUUUUCAAACAAUUGCAAGAUUUUAAUUUCUUCAAAAACAUUAUAUUCUAAAUAAACUGAUUAUAGAUCUAAACAAUUGAGGAUAUAACUUGAAUUUCGUUUAUAAUAUGUGUAUAAAAAUAAAAUAUACAAGCAUUUAUUGAUUAAUGAAUUAAUAAAAAGGAAAAAAAAAAUUUGAAGGUGAAUACUUUAAACAUUAAAAUAGUAUUCAAUUCAAAUACACAGAGAAAAAAUUUAUAAAAAAAAAACAAAAAUACAAAAACGUGGUAUUAUUUGUACAUUCUUUUUCCAAAUUCAAACUGGGUAAUUGUAUUGAUUCGGUAGCUGUAGUUCAGCAGAGGAUUAUUACAAAAGCAAAUUUUUUACACACGGAGAAAUUAAGGAGUACGAGAAGAAUUUUCCAUUGUUAUUGGUUAAUUAAAAUAUUUUGAAUUAAUUUUAACCACAAAUUUUGAGAAAAAUGACAAGAAAAAACAAUGAAUUUAUAAAAAAUUUGAAAAAUAUUUAAACAAGAAUAAGUGAAUAUUUUAUAUAAAAUAUUAAUUAAAUUGAAUUAUCAAUGAUAAAAUUUAUAAAAGUAUGUUUACGAGGCGGACAAAUGCCACCAAUAUUAUAUUAUAUUAAACCAAGUCCACCAUGCCGGGCAAUCCUAUUAUUAGGACGAAUAUUGGAAUUAGAAUUCGAUUUAAAACAGGUCAAUAUUAUGGAGAAAGAACAUAUGAAACCAGAAUUUUUAAAUAUGAAUCCUCAACAUUGUUUACCAACAAUAAAUGAUAGUGGAUUAGUAUUGUGGGAAAGCCGAGCAAUUCUUGCAUAUUUGGUAGCCGCAUAUGGAAAAGAUGACAGUUUAUAUCCAGCUGAUAUUCGAACUAGAGCUCUUAUUGAUCAACGCUUACAAUUUGAUUUGGGAACAUUAUACCAAAGAACAACUGAUUUUUUUUGGCCAACAAUAUUUAUGGGAGCACCACUUGAUGAAACAAAAAAAGCAAAAUUAGCUGAAGCAUUAUAUUGGUUAGAUACCAUACUUAAAGGGAGAACAUUUUUAGCAACUGAUAAUUUUACAAUAGCUGAUUUAUCACUUACAGUAACUGUUUCACAAAUUGAAGUAUUGGGUUUUCAAAUGGGUCCAUAUCCUAGAGUAAGAGCCUGGUUACAAAAAUGUAAAGAUUAUUUAGAACCAUAUGGUUACGAUGAAAUCAAUCAAACUGGAGCUGAUAUAUUAGCUGAAAUGUAUUUUUCAAAAUUACAAAAAACUGGAAAUUAAUUUUCUAUAAUAUAAGUUAAAACAAAAAAAUAUCAUGUAUAACCAAUCAAUUCAGAGAGCAAAUAUGUCAUGAAUUAAGAAAAGAAUAUUGUAGCACUUUCGAAAAUUUACUUACAAUAUUACUAAAAUCGAAGAAGCUAUAAUAUUCGAAUUAAAUGUAGGUUAUCAAUUUUUAUAUUUAAAGCUAAUUGUAAUGUAGUUUUAUUUUAUUAUGUGGUAACAUUUUCGUAAUUUUCCAAAAAUAAUUUAACAUGCAAUGCAAUUUCAAUGCAAUUAAACUAUUUCUUACAAAUACCCGAACUUAAUGUGAAGAAAGGGUGCAUAAAAAGGCAAAUCUUAAAGAAAUCUAACAAAUUUUUGGUUACUAUUUUAAAUUAACUCGUGACAUGUUCUAUCGUAGCAUGUGGUUGAUUAAGCUAUUGAUGGUACUAAAUCUAAGAUAAAAACAAGUGAAUUAAUUAAAACAUUCCAUCUUAAUUUCUAGAAAUUUCAAUACGAAGCUAUCUAUAUAUGGCAUAUGAGUUCUCUGAGUCGUUGUUAGUACACAAUUUUAAUUAAUUAAGUAUUUAAAACAGUAAAAUGUUGUUCUUUUUUGAUGUAUCUGAAACUUUUUAUUUUAUUUCCCAUAUAAAUUAUUAUAAAUGUAUAAAAGAAAAA